AUGCUCGACUUUGCGGGCCGGAUUCUCAUCCGCGGGAAGGCUCACGCGGAAACGAGCACGACCACGCCCCACGAAGCUCUCGAAGGCUGCCUCCCACUACUCCAGUCGAACUCACCCGUCUGGUUGGUGUAUAGCGAGCUAGGAGACUGCCAGAAGCCAUUGAUGCAUUACCAGUAUAGCCUGGGUGGGGACGGAGUCAGCAUGGCAAAUGAAGCGACAAGACCGGGGACCCCAGGGCCAGCGCUGACGGGUGCACAAGAAGGCAAAAGUACUGUGUGUUGCGUGUCGGACUCCGCCCAACGUCAGAACGAGGGACGGCACCUUCAAGAUAAUUCAGAGCAGCACCGCCUACAACUAGUGGUCCAAGGCAUCGUCAAAUACACGGUUGGGAAGCGCAAUUCAUCAGGCAAGAUGCUAGAUGUUUUUGCUGCAAACGGAGCCACGUUUGACGCCAUUAUGCACAAGCUUUGGGGAAAAUUCAAGUGCCAUAUUAAUCGCCAAGCCGUUAAAGAUGGUGAUGCAUGGACUUGCGUUGAGUCGAGUGAGUCUACGUGGAACAAGGUGAUGGGAUUUAAGGUGAAUGGGCGUAUAAUCCCGACUUCAAAGUCUGAAAAAGCAUGGAACCGUUGGGUUGCGUCACUACGCGGGGACACGGCAACCUUGAUGAUUUACACCUAUGGUCUAAGUAUAUCAAAUGCACGGAUCCUCGAGGAGUUCAAGGGGGCCUAUAUCCGACCAGAGCACACAGAUCGUUCUGAGCUGCUGCAGAGACGUCGAUUCUUGAGGUGGUGGAACGACUUCGUGAAAUUUGGGGAGGAAGGUUUCAAGGUAGUGCCGCAGCAUGGCGAAUACCCUCCUACAGCUAGGAUAUUGCCAAUGCUCCAGGCAGCUAGUGCACGAGUUGAGCAACAUCUAGCUGACCUCACUAAAUCUGCUGAUUUGGCUCUCGAUAUUGUUGACGCAUCGCUUAAAGACAACAAACAGCUACACCAUCACUGGGAGAUGUUUGGAUUGAGCUUGUCAAACCAGAAGGAGGCACUUGAAGCGCGCAAGAGGACACUUGAAGGUAUCCGUGCAAAUAUUCCUCUACCACCUCUGUCCACUGUGACUGAUCCACUAGCCUCAAUGGAGAAUAUGGAGGACACUGAACACCAAGAGUAG